GUCUUGCGCUUAACAGGUUCGUUCUGACGCAUCGAGACUAAAAAAUCCACUUCUGAUAAUUAUCAUUAAUGAAAACGAUAAAUAUUGAGUGAAUUAAAAAAAAACUUUAAAGCUUUACGUAUAAAAAGAUUACCACCGAAUGAUUUCCGUGUUAGUUCGAAUUUAGCCAUUGAAGAGUCAUGAUGUUUAAAACAGUUUUUCUUGUGGUACAAUUAACUUUUUUAGUUAAUUCAUUAAAAUUGCCUUCUUACCUUAAUCAAUGCAGUUUUUCUGAUCCAAAUUUAAAUGAUUGUAUUAAAAUAAACGGAAACAAAGCAAUUUCAUCUUUAGUAAAAGGUGACGCAAAAUACAAAAUAAUCGAUUUAAAACCUUUCAAAUCACCAAAAAUAGUUUUGGAUUCAGGAAAACAUUUAAAAAUCGUAUUAACCGAUGUCACGGUUAAUAAUUUGGAUCAUUUGGUAUUAAACGAAAUUAAAUUUGACAAAUCUAAACCGGGUUUGUAUUUUAAAGGAAGCAUCGAUGAUUUAUCUUUGGAAGGGCUUUAUAAUAUGACUGGGCAAAUUUUGGUUUUACCUUUAAAUGGAGAAGGAAAUGUUGAAGCUACAUUACAUGGUGGUGAAUAUGUUUAUGAAAUCACCAUGGAUGUUAUAACCAAAAAGAACGCGGAUUAUUAUAAAAUAAAAUCGUCAAAGGUGGAUUAUGUGUUAAAAAGGGGAUAUUUUCAUUUCGAAAAUUUAUUUAAUGGUAAUAAAGAGCUGGGCGAUCGAAUGAAUCAGUUUAUUGAUGAAAAUUGGACUGUUAUUGCUGAUGAAAUUAAGCCGGCUUUAGCAGAAACAAUUCGAUCAGUGGUUGAUAGUGUUUUUAGUGGCUAUUUUUCGACAGUUCCAAUUAAAGAUAUUUUUUCAGAUUAUACAAAAUAAAUUCAUUUAAAAUAAUAUAUUAAUUGUUUUAAAA